GCGGAGCGGAGCGGAGCGGAGCGGCCAUGGCGCUGCUGCGGGGUGUGUUCAUCGUCGCAGCGAAGCGAACUCCUUUCGGGACCUAUGGAGGUUUGCUGAAGGACUUCACGGCCACAGACCUGACAGAGCAGGCUGCCCGAGCUGCGCUGGCUGCUGGCAAGGUCUCCCCUGAGAUCAUCGACAGUGUUGUUGUUGGCAGUGUCAUGCAGAGCUCUGCAGAUGCAAUUUAUAUCGCGAGACAUGUUGGUUUGCGUGUGGGAGUCCCUGUCUCAGUCCCAGCCCUCACUGUCAACAGACUCUGUGGCUCUGGUUUCCAGUCCAUUGCCACUGGAUGUCAGGAGAUUUGUCUUAAUGACUCAGAAGUUGUUUUGUGCGGUGGAGCUGAAAAUAUGAGCCAGGCUCCUUAUGCAGUUCGAAACAUUCGGUUUGGAACCAGAUUAGGAGCGGAACUCAAGCUGGAAGACACGUUGUGGGAAGGUCUAACAGAUACACAUGUUAAGAUACCGAUGGCAGUGACAGCUGAGAAUCUGGCUGCAAAGUACAACAUCACACGAGAGGAGUGCGACCGAUACGCGUUCAAAACGCAGCAGAGGUGCAAAGCUGCUCAUGAUGCCGGUUACUUUAACACUGAGAUGGCACCAAUUGAAGUGAAAACAAAAAAGGGGAAAGAAAAUAUGCAAAAGGAUGAGCACCCAAAACCCCAGACCACUGUGGAACAGUUGGCAAAGCUCCCAUCCCUCUUCAAAAGGGACGGGACAGUCACGGCUGGGAAUGCUUCGGGAGUGUGCGAUGGAGCUGGUGCAGUCAUCAUUGCUAGUGAAUCAGCUCUUAAAAAGCACAGUCUUACUCCUCUGGCAAGAAUAGUAGCAUAUCACUCAUCUGGCUGUGACCCUUCCAUAAUGGGCAUUGGCCCUGUCCCUGCAAUUACUGAGGUUCUGAAGAAAGCAGGCUUGACCCUGAAGGACAUGGAUUUGGUAGAGGUGAAUGAGGCCUUUGCACCUCAGUAUCUAGCUGUGGAAAAAGUUUUGGGCCUUGACCCUGAAAAAACCAAUGUCAAUGGAGGUGCCAUUGCUAUAGGUCAUCCUUUGGGGGCUUCAGGAGCGCGGAUCACAGCUCACCUGGUUCAUGAGUUAAGGCGUCGCGGCGGGAAGUACGCAGUUGGGUCAGCUUGCAUUGGUGGUGGGCAAGGUAUUGCUCUCCUCAUUGAGAACACAGCCUGAGCGAUUCUGGAGACUGUAGUGUUGCCUGAAUAAUCCCCCUGAGAAACUUCUGCCUUUAGGCACACUCCAGCAUCACUGUCUUCCUUUUUUUGUGCCAUUCCUGCAAGGUAAAGGAAGAGCUGAGAAGUCUGAAUUCUGAAUGAAGAGAUCCGUUGAUGUCUUCCUAACUAAAGGAAGUGUGGCAUCAAUUUAAUUUCACACUAAUGAAGUAUUUUCUAAAAGCCUCUUUUCAAUCAAAGUUGUUACAUUUCCACAGGCAAAACUCCUUCCAUUUUCUGAGGAAAUUGCCUGUCAAAACUUUCACCAGACCUGCCUUAAAAUAGCAGUCAGUGCAGCUUCUUAAGCAAGCAUUGCUUCAACUGUCUUUAUUUCAGCUACUGCUGCUGUCUGGCACAUGUGCCUCUCUCACCAUCAAGAAAUGUGCACAUUUAAUUGGAGCCCUUCAGCUGCAGCUGUAACCUGUACCCUGCUGUUUUGCAAGGGAGAAGAGAACGAACAGAAGCUGAAACUUCCAUUGUGCCUCCCAAAAGAACAAUAAAUACCACAGAAGAAAAAGAAAUAAAAAUAAGGUCUUGGUGUU